UUAACUUCAUCACUUCCCUCCAAACACUCCACAUUUUUUCCUUCUCUUUUUCAGUUCCAAAAAUUGCUUCUUUACAUGGCGGCCUUUUCAUUUCAAUCUCACCCUUUUCUUCUUGACUCCAUUUCCAUACCAAACACGCCUACCAAAGUGUCUGGUUUUGAUGGAAACACCAAUCCUCACUAUUUCUCUCAGCUUUACCAGGAGCCGUCCCCUGUUGGUCCUAUGUACCAUGAAAGCAGCUCUGUUGAUAACGGUUCUAAGGCUGUUCAUAGCGACAAUGAGCUUUCCCCCGUCACGACUAGAAAACAGAGCACCGAUGAGCACUCCACUGUUGUGGAUAAGCUCGAGAGUGGCGAACAAGUCACUCAGAAGACAAGGACAAGAAAUGGGACAACCUUGAAUUCUGCCCAAUUUAAGGGUACCAAAGAAGGUAAAACCAAGAGGCAAAAGAAAUGCAAUCAUCCGUUGAAAAACGAAAAGAAAGAUCCCAAAGCUGUUAAAAAACACCAAAAGAAAGCCUCCGAAGAGCAUCCCACUGGCUACAUUCAUGUUCGAGCCAGAAGGGGUCAAGCGACCGACAGCCACAGCCUAGCAGAAAGGGUAAGAAGAGAGAAAAUCAGUGAAAGGAUGAAGAUAUUACAGCGUCUUGUUCCAGGGUGCGACAAGGUGAUCGGAAAAGCACUUAUGUUGGAUGAAAUUAUCAAUUAUGUUCAGUCCCUAAAAUAUCAAGUUGAGUUUCUGUCAAUGAAGCUUGCUUCUUUGAAUCCCAUGUUCUAUGACUUUGAAGUGGACCUGGAAACAUUGAUGAUCAUACCAGAUAGAGUUAACAGUACAGAAACAUUCCAACCACUUGCAAUGGCGCCAUCUCUACAACAGCCCAACCCCAUUUACACAUCCAUUGUCCCAUCUCAUAACUAUCCUCUUCUGGAUGUUUCAGCUGCACUGUUUCUUCAACAUGGGCAAAGACCCAAUGUGUUCUCGAACCCUCAGGAUAAUGGUAGUUUAUUGUGGGACGUGGAAGACCAAAGACAAAAAAAUUUCAACUCAUCUGAGCUCAACGACAGCCUAUGUUCUUUCCAUUAAUAUUAAUGCAGAGAGAGGGGGGGUUGCCCUACAAACAUCUGCAAAAAUACCAGAGAAAAAGAAGAAUCAAAAGAAGGUUUCUGGGUUUUCUGCAUAAACUAAAAGCAGCAUCUGAAUAUGAAUAAAGAGGGCAGCUUUGCAAGGCAACUUUCAAUGGAGGAAGAAUAACAUGAAAGACAGAUAUAAAACCAACAAAAAAAAAGACCAUAUCUUUCUGUAGAUCCAUUGUUUCUGUCUAUCUUGACUCUUCCAUCUCCUAUGUCACUUUCAUGCACAAAUUCCUAGACCCUACGCCUGUUUAUCGUGUUCUGGCUAGA